AUUGGCGAACGCUGUGUGUAUGCGUGUGUGUGUGUGUGUCGGCGUAUAAUGUGGGGUGUUUGGCCGGCUUGGCUGUCAGUUGAUUUUCAUAUGUUGAGAAAUUAACAACGGUAUUGGUUAAGGCGAGCAAGUGUUAUUACUGCGCAGGCAUUGCGAAGAGUAUGGACAGUACAAAGUAAUACAAAGUGGUCACGUUAAGGACAAGCGCGCUCGCUGGCCAGCCGCAGCAAGGGCAAAGAAUUUACAUAGUGCAUAUACAGACAGACAUACAUAUAUAUUAUAUAUGUCUAAGUAUAAUUGAAAGCAUUAAAUUGCGCGACGGUUACGAGUGCAAUUUGAUGAACGCGAUAUUCAAAGCAUUGUGCAUUUAAAUUGUGCACUUUUUUCGCCCACAAACACGCGCCCUUACGUUGCACCGCAGCAUCACAGCGCAUCAACAACCCUAUAGUCAAGCAAUUUAUAGUAAAAGUGCAAGUGAAAAUUUGAAAAUUUUCCAAUACACGCUGUCCUUAAGCAACAACGCAAGAUGUUGACCGUAUCGAAAGGCCCUAGCAAGAUUGUGGCCAAAACACGCAGAGGUGUUCCGCAAAAUUAUGAGAAAUUAUUCGAAAUCAAAGAGAGCGGUCGCAGAACCUCUGAUCUUAAUAGUCCGGAGAAGAAAAGUGCACCACGUCCUGUCUUCAAAAAAUCAGCAUCCAAUGGCCGACACAUAGAAGAGGUCUCAUUAACACCACAGCAUGAGGAGAUUGUACAAUACAUCAAUGACUCAUGGAACGUCAUUGUGGCGCAUAAUCCUUACGAUUCCGCGUUCGAGAGCAACGGACAUGUGGAACAACCUGCGGACUCCAACAAUAACUCUGCUGGUUCGUCGAUCGCAUCCACCUCAACAUCAUCGGCCGCCUCAUCGGUGUGCACCUCACCGCAACCGACCGCAUCGAUUUAUUGCAUCGAACCGCCGAGUCCAGUGUUGAGCGAUUUCAAGCCAUUCGACUUGGUGACUUGGUGGUAUGAUCGUCUCUGUGAUGUCAAGAGCACGUGAAGUGUGACGAACUAAAGAUCGAGCGAGAGCAUGAGUGAGUGUGUGAAUGCGCGCGUGUGUAUCUGUGUGUCUGUGUGUGUGGGUGAGAAUUGUGACGUAAAUGUACACAACAACGAAGUGCUAUUGCGUAUAUAACGAAAACAAACAUAGAAACAUAAUUACAAUUAAUUUACAACCAAAAAGUGGCAGCCAGUGAAAAUUCGUGCAAAAAAGAAAAA